AUGGGGAAACGGAACCUUGUUAAUAGAUCACUCCCCGCUGCUGCCAUGCCGUCCAUCCGCUGUCAAGCGCCGCCCACCGCAGUCGUGCCAUCUCCCACUGUCGCACGAGCCCCUUCCGUCGCACGCACUCCCCCCGUCGCACGAGCGCCCACCAUAGCACGACCGGCCACUGUCAAACCAUCACCGACCGCACGACCGGCCACCGUCAAACCAGUGCCCACCGCACGACCGGCCACCGUCAGUCCAGUGCCUACUGUGUCGUCAUCGCCCACCAUCGCGCCGUCAUCCGCCGCCUCGCCGCCAACCUCGGACACCAUGCUCGCGAUCAGUACUCCUACCAUUGCCCCGUUUGCAUCUCCCUCCGUCGUUGCUAACCUUCCUUUUCACUUCAUUGCAGAAAAGUCGUCAUCGUCCGCGCGCCGCCGGAACGCACCCACAAGCUUCGCUCCGCCGCCAGCCGCGCUGCGAUCCGGAGCAGCCAUGGCGGACUGCCUCAUGUCGUACAGCCGCAUGCUUCACCUCAUGCCCGGCCGUAGUCGCGAUCUCGUCGCCGCUGGUGCCGGCGUUUUGGAUCACGUGUUGGAGUCGCUGCGGAACCUGCUCGAUACGGACCAGGUGAAGGGCGUGGAAGCCGAGCGGCUGCUAUUCGAGGUGGAGAGGGAUUUGGGCCGCCUGCAGUUCGAACUUGCCGUGACGCCCGAGGCCUUCCCUGUGCAGGCAGUGCGCUUGCAGUGCGCACACGCUGCCCGUGUUCUCCGCUCCGUGUGA